AUGGAAGACACUUUGGACGUCUCGACCAAAAUCAGAUUAAUUUUCCGUAAAGAUGCAGAAUUGCAGACGUUAGAUGUCAGCAGCACAGAUGCGUUGCUAAGGUUACAUGUCGGGCAAACGAUUGCACUAGCUGUUGUGGCUGUUUAUGCCGGAAAACAUGCGCACAAUGAGAUUGAAAUGGAUGGUUGGCGAUCUCGGGUUCGUCUGCUGUCAGUCCACGCAUGUUUGUCUCCGAGAGAGGCUCAGAAAGAUGGGGCAUGUCCGACUCGAACUGACGACAAUUUCGCACAGUCGACAAAACGAUGUCCACCGUGUUCAAGCUUUGUAGAAGGACUGGAAAAUGAGUGUAUCUGUGAUUUUAAAUUGGACACUGAGCCAAAGUUUAUUGAUGACCUCAGCUGGGUUAUUCCAUUCUCGCUGACACUGAACUCCUUGCCAGGGCCUUGUGACAGAGUGGCGCUGAACGUGACCGUGUGGCUGGCAGAUAAAGUUCACCCACCAGGAAGUAAGGCACUGGAACAGCUAGAUAUGAUCCUGGAACCUAACGAGGGCAUCUUAUUGGAUGACAAGAUUGUGUCACGUCUUGGUUUUUCUCAUCUGAUUGAUGUCUAUGAUCCUCCUGUUGUUGAUGUUAAGCUCAUUGUUGUUGGUGGAAAACACAAUCUGCUGCUAAAAGUGAAGAACCAAUCCCCCAUGCCUGUUUACAUGUACAACUGCAAGGUGCUGCCGAGCUCGUGUCACUGGGCCACCCGCACCCCAGAGGAUCCAGAAUGUCAUCAUGAUACCAAAGAUGGGACUUCUGAAGAGUCACAUGACAACUGUGUAACCAUGACAACAAGCAUCAAGAAGAAGGACAUGAUUCUGUUUCCAAGGGAGGAGUUGUCGCUGUUGUAUCAACUCAGAUACCAGGGUAUUAUCAAACAACACCGGCUCUCCGAGCUUUCAUUGGCUGCCCAUCUGACAUGGAGUUUUUCACCUCCAAAACAAGAGAAUUGCACAAGAGUCAUUACUACAUACCUUUUGCCAAAGAUCUCCUCCAGGAAGCCACUGUUUGUAGUAUCAGCAUCAUGCCCACAUGUGACAGAGAAAAUGAACAGUUUUGCUGUGACGUACGACAUCUGCAACAAUCUCCAAGAUUUCCUGGCUCUCAAACUUUACUGGUCGCCAGAGAGGGCUCUCUCAGCCAAUCAGGAUCCAGUGUCUCGCCAGCAUGUGGAGCGUCUCGUGGAGUCUGUGAUCUGCCAUGAUCCCUGUGUCGAGCUAGGAACCUGUCCAAAGAAUACAUCCCUUUCUGUGAAAGUGGGUUUCCAGAUUUUACAGCCAGGCCUUUUUGAGCUUGGAACACAUAUGAAGUUAAACCUGAGGUACGCCCUGGGUAACCAUAGCAACCUGGUGUCACCAACCUACAGCCUGCCGUCUCCCUCCAUUACCAACAGCGAUUCGAAUGCGACGAUAUCAGCAGAGGACCAGCUGGUGUUGGAGUCUGAAAACCUUUGGCGAGAUCGGAGUUGUAGUGUCUCAUCAUCUCACAGUGCUGAACCAGAUAGCAUACCAGUCACAGUUAAGCGAAAGUCAUUUGCCACCAAGUCAUACUCGUUUGGGGACCUGGGUCCUACGGGUUCUGGUGACUCAACAGAAGAUCCUUCUAAAGUCAGAUUUAAGAAGAUAGAGCGAUCCUCGGCUGUCCCUCCUCCUCGACCGGCAGCUCCACGCCUUCUGCUACCCUCAGUCAGAGUUCCUGACCCCACCCCAUCAUCUCUGAUGGACCCAGGCAACUUCCUGAAGAAAACUUGCCUCAUAUAUGUGCCAGCUGACUGA